UCUUCUUAACAUUACAGUGGUUAGCAAUGGAGAGAGUCUUGAUCUCUAUCGUGUUAUUGAGUUUGUUGACAUUCAUUAGUGGAGCUCCUAAACAUGCUUCGAUUAUAAAACUUCCGGGUUUUGAUGGAAGUUUUCCAUCUAAACACUACUCUGGAUAUGUGAAUAUAGAUGAGAAAAGCGGGAAGAAUUUAUUCUAUUACUUUGUAGUUUCAGAACGAAAACCAACCGAAGACCCGGUUGUUCUUUGGCUUAAUGGUGGACCUGGUUGUUCUAGUUUUGACGGAUUUAUUUACGAGCAUGGUCCAUUCAAUUAUCAAGCGGCAAAGACUCAUGGAGGUCUCCCGAAACUACAACUUAAUCCAUACAGUUGGUCUAAGGUUUCAAAUAUUCUCUAUUUGGAUGCUCCAUCUGGUGUUGGAAUGUCUUACUCCCAUAACAAGAGCGACUAUAAAACUGGCGACAGAAAGACUGCUAUUGAUUCACACGCAUUUCUGCUCAAGUGGUUCGAGCUAUACCCGGAAUUCCUCUUGAACCCAUUUUACAUCAGUGGGGAGUCCUAUGCUGGGGUGUAUCUCCCUACUCUUGCUUACGAAAUUGUCAAAGGACUUGAUGCUGGUACAAAGCCUGUCCUUAACUUCAAGGGUUACAUGGUGGGAAAUGGUGUUACUGACGAAGUAUUUGAUGGAAAUGCUCUUGUGCCUUUUGCCCAUGGAAUGGCUCUUAUCUCGGAUAAUCUAUUUGAGGAUGUUACUACUGCCUGUAAUGGAAGUUUCUGGAAUUCAACAAACAACAAAUGUUCAGAAUUGCUUGGUAAAGUUUAUCAAGAUGUUGCUGAUCUAAACAUAUACGACAUUCUUGAGCCAUGCUUUCACAGUACGGAAGCAAGAGAAACUGAUACAAGUCACCCGACGCUACCAUCAAGUUUCAAGAAUUUAGGUGCAACAGAAAGACCUCUUGCUGUAAGGAAAAGGAUGUUCGGUCGUGCUUGGCCUUAUAGAGCUCCUGUUAAAGAAGGACUUGUUCCAACUUGGCCACAAAUCCUCCACGGAAGUGUUGGAUGUUUUGAUGAUGAAGUCGCACCUUUAUGGUUAAACAACAAAGCAGUAAAGAAAGCAAUUCAUGCCAAGGAAAACCUUAAUUGGGAGUUAUGCACUGACAAUAUCGAGUAUUAUCACGACUUAGGAAGCAUGAUCCCGUAUCACAAAUACCUUACUGCCCGUGGAUACCGUGCACUUAUAUUCAGCGGUGACCAUGAUAUGUGUGUCCCAUUCACCGGGAGUGAAGCAUGGACUAGGUCACUUGGAUAUAAAAUCGUCGAUGAGUGGAGGCCUUGGUUUUUCGACGAUCAAGUUGCCGGGUAUACUCAAGGCUACGACCACAAUCUCACCUUUCUCACUGUGAAGGGAUCUGGACAUACUAUCCCUGAAUACAAACCCAAAGAGGCGUUGGCAUUUUUCACAAGAUGGUUGGCCGGAGAAAAAAUUUGAGAGAAACAUUAAGGGGUUGUUUCUGGGUCUACAGGCCAUGUAGAUGUAGCUAGAGUUUUCUAUCUAGCCUAUGUAGAAGCUGAAAUUAAAAUGGAAGUUCCCACAAACAACAACGAACUGUGCGCUUACAGAAGAAAAUGUUGAGUUAUUUUGUUAUUUUAGACAAUUGCAUUUUAAUUCCCUAAGGCAGGUUUGGAUGCCAAAACUUAUUUUUAUUGCUAAGUCUAUGCGCCAUUCUCCGGUGAUGGUGGCAUCGAUAUACCACUGCUUAAAUGUAAUAUGCUAAUU